AACUAAACAUAGUUUUUCAUUGACAGUAAAUUCAACGAAAUCAACAAGGAAACCAUUAUUUCGAUGUAUAAUUGACUAAAAAUCUGUGGCUGGUGUUCAAGAUGGGGCAGGGAAACAGCCAGUUCACCGAAAUGGAAUUAGAAGAAUAUCAGGAUCUGACAUAUUUCACCAAGAAGGAGAUAUUAUAUGCCCAUAAACGCUUCAAGCAGUUGGCCCCAGAGAAAGUAGGACACAACCGUAAUGCAAAACUACCCAUGGACAAGCUCUUGACACUCCCAGAACUGCAGGCCAAUCCAUUUGGAGAACGAAUGUGCCUCAUCUUCUCAUCGACAAAGGAUGGUGACUGCACCUUUGAAGAUUUUCUAGAUAUGAUGUCUGUGUUUAGUGAAGCAGCUCCGAAAACAGUGAAAGCAGAAUAUGCAUUCCGCAUUUUUGAUUUUGAUGGAGAUGACUAUCUUGGCAGAAGAGAUUUAGAAAAAACAAUCAACAAGCUUGUUGCUCCCCAGCAGUUCAAGCCUGAAGACAUGGAGGCAUUGGUCACAAGGGUUUUAGAAGAAGCUGAUUUGGAUGAUGAUGGCAUGCUAGCUUUUGCAGAAUUUGAACAUGUCAUAUCCAAGUCUGCAGACUUUGCUAAUUGUUUCAGGAUCCGGCUGUAAUUUUUCAAGUGACAAUGCAUCAGUAAGCCAAGUUUAUGAUAUGCUCUUCCAGACAACUGUGCAAUCUUCCUAUCAUUGCCAUAGUGAAAUGACUAUACAUCUGUUUUAUAACCAUAGAUAUCCUUCUCAUAAUUUGAUACCCAGUCAGUGCCCUCAUAUUUCUGAAAUAAAACAGUGAGAUUGCACAAAAGAAAAAGGUUUGCUUACCAUAGAGACCUGAUACCCACCUGAUGACUCUGGGUGUGUAUGGAGAGCAAAUGACCAUCCCUUGCACAGGUUUUGUUUUCAGCCAUAACCCAUGCCAUCUGUGCAUUUUUGAUGGUCUUUUUUUUGUAAUGUAUGAUUUUAUUUUUUACCAUCAUCUGAGGUCUUUCUUAGCCUUUUAUGUGGAUUCACUUGUGGAAAAGGUAUGAAUGAGAAUGAAUGUCUUCACAGUGUAAUUCAUGAUAAUAAUUUAAUACUUUUGAUUAUUGACCAAUAGAUAAUCCUAUAAACUACCAAGUUGUAAUUAUGGCAGUGCUGACCAGAACUAUUAACUAGAGCAUACUGAUAGCAUUACUGUUCCUUAGAAGAUAAGUACUAUGAUCAUAUUAUGACCACCCUGAAGGUUAGAUAGCAUUUAGAUUUGCUUUUAUUUCUAUUCUAAAUUUUCAAUAUGAAUACUGUAUAAUAGCAUAUAUUAUUUUUUUGUAAUUAGUGCAUUAAAUUAUGUAGAUAUUUCUUUUCUUCUAGUUACUGAUAAAAUUUGUUACUUCAGGCUAUGGAAAUUAUGUAUUUUUUGCUAUUAUUUUUAUUUCCUCUCAUAUUUUUAGUUAAUGCAAACCAAAGCGAUUAUAGAUUUCCUCCUUGUUAAAUGCACAAUUAUUACAAUACCCAGUGUUCAUUCAGUUUUCUUCCCUGAUUUCUACUGUCAUUCAUUGUGAUGGAAACUGUGUCAUCAUAUUAUUAUGGUGGUUGUUUAUGCUGUUAGCAAACUGGAUGUUAGGAAUGUAAAAUUGGUUUCAGCAAGAUAAAGCAAGUCAAACCAAACCAUAGCUUGCUUGCAUUUUUUGUCAGAAUUGCCCCUUGUCUUGCUACCUGGAGUUAUCAGGCCAAGUGUCCAGUAAGCAUCCUUCGUAUAAUCAGUAUAGAUAAUUUUACUCUUGUCAUUGAUCGGUUUUGCAAGAACUGGAUUUUUUUUUUAUGAUCAAAACCUGCCUCUUACAAUGUGGUAUUAUAUGGAAUCUCAAUAGACUUAUCACUAUUUACAUGAGUUGGAGUGGUGAUAAAGGAUUAAAUGCACACUUCCUGAUGUUGUUAUACAUAUGACUAUUGUAUCUUCAAUUUAAAAGAAACCACCUGUGUAUUCAGAAGAGAGGCAACCUAGCAAAAAGUGGAACUACAUAUACUUAAUAGAAUUUUAGAAUGGUGUGACAUUGAGGGUUCAUCCUCAUAUUACAAAACAUAUUUAAGGAACCCUUAAUGAGUGCCCUCCAAUAAGGCCCUAUCUUGAAGAACCCUUAACUUAUGGUAUUACAACAAACUGAUGGCAAAGCCUCACACCUUCCACUAGCUGUUGAAAUGAUGGUUUACAUUUUUUGCAAGAGUUAGCAGCCUUAAUAUGCUUGAACACUCAUUUGAAAUAUGUUUUGAUUGUUAGUGAGACUACUGAGGUAAUUUUGAAUGAGCUUAUCAAGGAAAAGAGGUUGGCUGUGAGGCUAGGUUAACCCUCCCUUAAAGCCUCCCUCAAAAUUUUAAAUAUUUUGAGGACUGAGAAUGAAGGUGAUGUUGCACGUGCAAUUUUGUAAUACCAUAAAGGGAUUUGGGACACAAAGAGUCCCUUAGAAUGUCUUGUAAUAAGGGCACCAGGGUUCUAUAUGGGGAAAUUUGGUAAUUGAGUCACAACAGGUCUGGUCAUUUUUAUCAUUUAUAUAUUUAAUAUUGUUCGUAUAUUAUUUGUGUAACAUGUUUUUAGGAGAACAAUCUCUUAGAUUUAUGGGAAAUUUUUAGAUGAAUUUUACAAGAUGUCCAGCGUGUCAAAUGAAAUUGAAAGCAAGAAUUUCAGAAUCUCAAUGUUUUAUUUUUAAAAAGUAAAGGAAUAUAUGUUUUUCUCAGAGCAUGAACAGCAUUUAUAUGUAUAUCCAUGUUUCCUUGUUUUAUAUUUAAUAGUUUCUUGUAUACAUGUGCAUGCAGUCAUAUAGAUUCCUUCUUUAUCCAAAAUGGUGUCUCUUAUUUUCAUUGAUAGCAAUUUAUAUCUCACCUUAUUACACUGCUGGAUAUCAUUAUUAAGAAUUGGAACUUAAUUUGUUUGUUAAUGUUAAAGGUAAGAUUUAAAUAGAUGUUUACUUAGGAUUAUUAUUUAACAAAAUAAUACAAAAUAUAUUUAUCUUCAAUAUUUAUUUUUAAAGUGUUUUAUAGAAUAACUGAUGUGUAUGUCUGUAUUGUUAUACAUUUUAUAUGGAUCUUAUAUUUGAAAAAGUCUUUAAUCUCUCGGUAAAUUUUCAAAUACUUUUUGUUUGACUAUUAAAAAUGUUAUUAGAAUAAGUCUUUUGUGAUAAUCAAACCUCUGAAAAGUAUUAAAUA